GCGCCGCCUAAUACCGGUGUGUAAGCGACCGAUGCCGAUAAGCUCAAGUUGGCCUUGGAUAAGUUAUCGUAAUCGGGGAAAGAGCAGCGUCUGACCGCAGGCGAGAAGAAGGCAGGCAGAUGAUUGUUCGGUAAGACAUAAAUAUGGUGCCCCGGAAGAGUUGCUACAACUGGUGGUUGUGGCAAGGACUUGAUUAUUUUUCAUCAUGUUUGACUAUACCAUUCCUUCAUCUUCUUUCACUGUGUCUCUCCUGUUACUAUCAAACAACUUUUGAUCGGCAACAACUGAGAGUGCUCUUCUUGAGGUAUGCAGUUGGAGGACCUAUACUGUUGAUGAUGACCAUUAUGAUAUCGCCUCUUGCUUUUAUUGGCUAUGUCAUAUGGGUAGCACUAUGCUCCUUCUGUGUUCAGCAGCCCUUUAUUUAUGUGGAUUCUGAUGAACAUCACUCGUCAGUUGUUACUCGGAAAUGUCCAUCAGCUUUUACCAUAUGCUCAUCAAAUGUAAUUCUCAUUCCUGAGAUUCUUGUGCGAUACAACAAUAAUAGGAAUGUAUACUGGCGGGCACAGGAGAUACCUACAAGGUUCAUGCGCCAUCAGACUCCAUCCCUGAAUGUAAUGAGAAAUUUACGUGAACCUGUGAAAAGAGAAGACAUUGUCCAGAGUUGGCUUCCAGAUAUUGAUGUGAUCAUGCUUCAGGAGGUAUUUGAAAGAUUGCGAGGGAGACAGCUUUAUAACAAGUUUUCCAAGAAGUAUCCUUAUUGCCUAUACAAUGCAGGGCAACAUAGUCUGAAAACUAAUUUGUGUUUAAUGGGAAGUGGGUUGUUUAUAGCAUCUCGCUUCCCAAUAAUGGAAGCUUCUUUUCAUCCCUUCUCCUACUCAACAAAAUAUGCUAAAUUUGUAGGGUAUGGUGUACUUCUGGCCAAGCUUUACCUGGGAAUGAAGAGCACAAAAGAUGAGUCAAUGAAAGCUGUUGGAUAUGUUGGUAAUACCCACACUCAGGCAUAUCAGGGGAAAGACAGAGUGAUUGUUCACCAAAUGGAAGAAGCCAGGAGUUGGUUGAAUGAAUUUGUUAAAGAGACACAUAACCCUCAAGAAGAAGUUCUGAUGUUUGUUGUCUUUGGGGGAGAUAUAAACAGUGAUAAUAUGUCACCAGGAGAUUCGGCAGUUCAAAAUCUCUCUCUGUGGGAAGAAUAUGAAGACCCAUGUCGGGAGUCAGCUGGCCAUGAUAAGCCGUGGACAGUUGGCACUGAACAUCGGCAGAAGCUCCUUCACCACCCAUUUAUGCAAUAUCCCGAAACCUUCAGGGAUAUUCUUUUAGAUGAUGUACAGCGCAGAUACUUCCUACUGGAUGCUGAUGUAGAGGAACAGACACCAGACCUAAUGAAAUGUGUACCGAAGCCUGAUUCAAAUGGGAUCGUUGGAGCUACUGAGUGUGGGGGACGGCGUCGCGUUGACUGUCUGACAUUACGACGCGACAGCAAGGUUUCUCCAACCAGCAUGUGGUUUAGCUCAUCAUUGGCUGGACUGACUGAUCAUGUUCCUGUGGCUUUCAUGUUGGAGGAAGUGUAACCGAGUAACCUGACAAUAGGUGCUAGAAUAUGUGUAUAGGUGUAGUAAAAAUCACAAUACUCUGUUUCAGGAAAUAUUUAUUACAAUUUUGUUCAGAUUUGGAUUUGUGCAGAUGUACAAAGUAUGAUUUUUAUGUUCAGAAGUCGUAGAUUGGAUGUGCAUACUGUUUGAGAUUUGUUUGUAUAAAUUCUUUAUAUUAGAAAAUAUAUUGUUUAAUAACAGUGUUAUAAUUUUUUUGGUAUAGAAUUCCUGAAAGUUCUCUCACUAUUCUUUUCUGUUACUGAAGUGAAACAAAUAAUAAUUUAGAGUAGACAGUGAUUAAUUAAACACUGAAUUUAUUUAAAUGAAUAUAAAAAACUGAAGUGUUCAUCAGUCUCUUCCACUGCAAGUUUAGCACUUGACACUCCCACUUUGUUAACUGUGUGCCACAGCUUUAGACUUGUGAAGGGAAGAGAAUGAUCUUAAGGCCCUUGUUUUCAUUUAAGAACAUUAAAGUCCUAAUAAUCUUAUCUGGAUCUGAUUUGACAUACGAGCACUAGAUGCAUGCUAAAUGGGAGUUUCAGAGUUGGGGAUGAACUUCCAUUUUGAUGCUUGCAUUUUAUAAUUUGUUAUAGUGAAACAUUUCAUUAUAAAGGGAUAAUAGAAGUAGAAUAAAGGAA